GGGGCGGCGGGGGCGGCGGGAAGCGGGGGUCGUGAUGGAGCGGGUGGUGCUGGUGACCGGGGCCAGCAGCGGAGUGGGGCUUGCCCUGUGCCGGCGGCUGCUGGAGGAGGAUGGCCGCAUCCAUCUCUGUAUCGCUUGCCGCAACAGCCAGAAGAGCGAAGCCACCCGAGAUCUCCUCCUGACCUCUUACCCUGCCGCCCAGGUCUCUACCGUGGAUGUGGAUCUGGGCAACCUGGCUUCCGUCCUGCGCGUUGCCCGCGAGCUCCGCUGCAGGUUUCAGCGCCUGGACUUUGUCUACCUCAACGCUGGGAUCAUGCCCAACCCACACGUGAACUUCAAGGCUCUCUGGCACGGCCUCCGCACCGGGAGGCUGCUUCACAUGCUGACCACGGCAGAAGGCGUAAUGACCCAGACAGACAGGCUGAAUGGAGAUGGACUGCAGGAGGUGUUUGCUACUAACCUCUUUGGACACUUUAUCCUGGUUCGUCAGCUUCAAUCUCUACUCUGCAGUAAUGAAAAGCCCUCACGACUCAUCUGGACCUCUUCUAGCAAUGCCAGGGAGUCUGCCUUCAGCCUCUCUGACUAUCAGCAUGCCAAGGGGCAGGAAUCAUACAGUUCUUCCAAAUAUGCUACUGACCUAACAAGUGUGGUUUUAAACAGGAAAUUUAAUCAGCAGGGUCUGUAUUCCAGUGUUGUUUGUCCUGGUCUCGUCAUGUCUAACAUGACUUAUGGAAUUUUGCCAGUUUUUCUAUGGAAGCUGCUAAUGCCCAUCAUGUGGUUGAUCCGCUUUUUUGCCAAAACUUACACUCUGACACCGUAUAAUGGAGCAGAAGCUCAUGUGUGGCUGUUCAAACAGAAGCCAGAGUACCUGGAUGCACUUGUCAAAUACCACAGCUGUACAUCUGGACUGGGGAAGAGCUAUGUGGAGCCCAGAAAGAUGGAUGUGGAUGAAGAAACUGCUAAGAAAUUCUACCAAAAGCUGUUGGAACUGGAGGAGCAGACUCUAGAGAAAUACAGUGAUCUCCUAGAUUAAGUAAAGCCAGUUGCAGUGGGAUUAGUCUUGUAUCAGUAACAUGGGCUUUUUUCAUUCUGGUGCUGCUUGGGAUGUCUGCCAUUCUGCAGGUACAUGGCUUCAGACCUCAUCUUCCUUCUCAACAGAAGGUGAACAGUUCCUGAAAAUGGAAAUGUGAAAACUGAAUAGAAAUACUUACUCCUUUUGGUAUGGGAUUUCUUUUCCUGGUGUAAGACUGGAGACCUGGAAUAGGUGGAGACUUGUCUUAGCAGACUUGCAAAGCAGUGUGUUCCAAAAGCAUGACUAAACUGUGCACAGUUCAGGAACAGCCUCAUAAUGUGGUUCAAAUCUGGUUUAGUGCAGGAAGGGCAACAAACAGCUGGGGGUGCUUCCCUGUGCCUUAACUCUACCAGCCUUUCUAGAUGCUGGAACAUGUUACCUGUGGCUGAUCCUGAAGUACUUGAAGGCCUGUCUUCAGAAAAGCUGCUCUUUGUACACCAAAGCUGGGCCAGCUUUCCAGGUGUGCUCAGUAAGAUUGAACCUUACUGGAAGUCAGGCUCUGCACAGCAUCUGAAGCCUUGAGCUGGUCUGAGAAGUGCACCCCUUGCCUCAACUGUGAAGACAGAUGCCUUGCUGUUCCCUGGUCAUGGGACCAAAUAUGUUCUAACCAUGACUAGCUAGAAAGACUGAGGCUAUUUAUGUUAACCUGGGCUCAGGGCUAGUCUGCUCUGUUUGUAGCCAGAGUGAGAGGUUACCAUGUUAUUUUAUCUAUUUAUCUCUUUUAUAUAUCUACUGUACCAAGUAUUCUUCCUGUUGUCUGUCUGGGAAGCUUCACCAAGUACCUGGUGUACUUCAAAUGCUGCAAUGAAUAAACCUCUGGAACUGA